AAUCCACCGUGGUUGCAAAAUCUAAUCAGUUUCUUCCUUUUAAGAUUAAAAAAACAAAAUUACUCCGUAAUUAGUUUCUCUCUCAAGGCGAAAAGUGGCAGCAGACGGUCUCUCCGAUCUCUGCAUCUUCUCUCACGAGUCUCCACAACAGAAGCAGCUGUUUAUUUAUUUAUGGAGUACAUUGGAAUUGAUUUAUUAAUUUAAUUAAAGAAGCAGUGAAUACUUUUUUAAUUUUGCUUAAACAGAAAUAGGUUUUGGAGAUGGCUGCGCUUGAAGUUCCGGGGAUGGCUGCGCCUGAAGCUAUUGUUGAUAUGCAUACGUUGAGACAGAUAGUCGAUGACUUAAAGGAAGAAUUCAAAGUAGCUUUAUCACAUUGCAGCGAAAAUCGUCGUUAUUCGCCCGAUUGGGAUCCACCUUAUGUAUUUCUUCCCGGGCGUUCUGACGUGUACCUGAUGCGUCACAAAGAAGCCCGCGUCGGCUGCAUCAGGCCGUGUGCCAAGAAAGUUUUGGAGUUGUUCAAUGCUGAAAAUCAAACUGACUAUGAACUUGUCGACUGCCUUGAUGUCUGUGUUUCCCGGGAUUAUGACUUCUACCUCCAUUGCAACUUCACCGCCAAGCCUAAAUCAAUUCCAUUGAAUGGUAGUGAUUUUUCUACCAAGGUUUUUAUGCUAAGAUGGAAACGGACUCUGAUGAUGAAAUGUUUCCCAGUUCUUACCAGAUAUUGGAUGGUAACAAAGCGAAACUUGGUUGUGCGAUGUGUCCGGGAGUGGUUGCUCAUCCAACUGAUGGACCUGGUGAAAAGCUUACAAUGUUGGAUUUCAGUCCUCAUUUUGUCUGGGAUGAUUAAUCUUGCUGAAUGUUGUUUCAUACUUGAAGAACGUAUGGGAUGAGGAAGCUUGCUUAAUGUUGUUUCAUACUUUGUACACGAUGGAGGAAGUUGAAUAAGAACAAGAACAUUAAUAAUAUGUUUGUUUAGUGACGCUUUUAUCAUGGGGUUGACAAUGUUUUGAAUUAGGGGUCCGGUUGUGACUUGUAAUACCCUGCUUUUUGUUUGCCUUACCUCCGUGGCUUUGGAAGGCAGAAACACAAAGAGGAUGUAUCAAAGCUUGUCAUAGGUUUCCAGUUGCUUGUGAAAUCUAGAUGUUCACUUGUGUCCUAAAAAUAUUUGCGGUCUCCAUUCUCCGUGUUUUAGAAAUAGAAAUCCAACAAGUUUCGGGUCAAGUUAUGCCUGGACAUUGGUA